CCCGGGGCGGCGCAGGUGGCGGCGGCCCCGCCCCGGCGGGACGGUACCGGCGGCACGGGGAGGGCGGGCCCGGGGCUCCGUCCCGCUGCACGGCCCGAGCGGACCAGGAAACGCGCCGUUCCGGAGCCCCCGCCCCCGGGAAAAGGGUCCGAGAGGUGCCGGUGCGGAGCCGCCCUCGGUGAACACGGUGUAGGGGGUCUCGGUGCGGAGCCCCCGCUGCACCGGUGGAGAGGUUGGCGGAGCGGAGCGGAUCAUCAUGAAACACCCCGAGGCCCCGCGGCCCUGAGACACCUGUCGGAAAAACCAAAAAAGCACAGAAAAAAGCACAGAAAAUGAGGUUUUUCCGGAGACGCUCCAGCCCCUUGAAGGUGGCGUUGGCGGGCGCCCUCUUCGUCAUCUUCCUCUUCAUCCUGCAGAAGGACGCGGGGAACAAGGACCCGGGCGAGGAGCCGUGGCUGAAGAACAUGGUGCAGGGGAGGGGCCAGGUCCUGGACAUGAUGCUGGGCGCCGUGCACAACCUGCGCGACUCCAUGCCCAAGCUGCAGAUCCGAGCGCCCGCCCCGCAGGACGCUGCCCCCCCCGGCACCCGCUCCUGCCUCCCCGGCGUCUACACGGCGGCCGAGCUGCGGCCGCUGCUCGAGAGGCCCCCCCAGGACCCCGGCGGCCCCGGCGCCGACGGCAAAGCCUUCAGGAAGGAGCGCUGGACGGCGGAGGAGACGCGGGAGAAGGAGCGGGGCUACGAGAAGCACUGCUUCAACGCCUUCGCCAGCGACCGCAUCUCGCUGCAGCGCGCGCUGGGGCCCGACAGCCGCCCCCCCGAGUGCAUCGACCAGAAGUUCAAGCGCUGCCCCCCCCUGCCCACCACCAGCGUCGUCAUCGUCUUCCACAACGAAGCGUGGUCCACGCUGCUGCGCACGGUGUACAGCGUGCUGCACUCCUCGCCGGCGCUGCUGGUCCGCGAGGUCAUCCUGGUCGACGACGCCAGCACCGACGAGUACCUGAAGGAGGAGCUGGACCGCUACGUGGAGCAGCUGCAGAUCGUGCGUGUGGUGCGGCAGCGGGAGCGCAAAGGGCUGAUCACAGCGCGGCUGCUGGGGGCCAGUGUGGCCACCGGCGACGUCCUCACCUUCCUGGACGCCCACUGCGAGUGUUUCCACGGCUGGCUGGAGCCGCUCCUGUCCCGCAUCGCCGAGGAGCCCACGGCCGUCGUCAGCCCCGACAUCGCCACCAUCGACCUCAACACCUUCGAGUUCUCCAGGCCCGUGCAGAACGGGAAGCAGCACAGCCGGGGCAACUUCGACUGGAGCUUGACCUUCGGCUGGGAGCUCGUCCCGGCGCGGGAGAGGCAGCGGCGGAAGGACGAGACCUUCCCCAUCAAGUCCCCGACCUUCGCCGGCGGCCUCUUCGCCAUCUCCAGGUCCUACUUCCAGCACAUCGGCUCCUACGACGACCAGAUGGAGAUCUGGGGGGGCGAGAACGUGGAGAUGUCCUUCAGGGUGUGGCAGUGCGGGGGGCAGGUGGAGAUCGUCCCCUGCUCCGUGGUGGGACACGUGUUCCGCUCCAAGAGCCCCCACAGCUUCCCCAAGGGCACGCAGGUGAUCUCGCGCAACCUGGUGCGCCUGGCCGAGGUCUGGAUGGACGCCUACAAGCACAUCUUCUACCGGCGCAACCAGCAGGCCGCGCAGAUGGCCAGAGAGAAGACGUAUGGUGACAUUACAGAGCGGCGCAGGCUGCGCGAGCAGCUCGGCUGCAAGAACUUCAGCUGGUACCUCCAGACCGUCUACCCCGAGAUGUUCGUCCCCGACCUCACCCCCGCGUUUUACGGAGCGAUAAAAAACGACGGCACCAAGAGCUGCCUGGACGUCGGGGAGAACAACCACGGUGGGAAACCGCUGAUCAUGUACCCCUGCCACGGGAUGGGGGGCAACCAGUAUUUUGAGUACACGAGCCAGCGGGAGCUGCGGCACAACAUCGGGAAGGAGCUUUGCCUGCGGGCGGGCGCGGGGGCGGCCGAGCUGGGCGAGUGUCAGUACCGGGGGAAGCCGGGACAGGUGCCGGGCAGCGAGGAGUGGGACCUGGCGCAGGACCGGCUGAUCAAGAACCCGGCGUCCGGCACGUGCCUGUCGGCGCGGGGGAAGCACCCGGCGCUGGUGCCGUGUGACCCCGCCGACCCCCACCAGCUCUGGGCCUUCACCUGAGCGGGGGCAGAGCCCCCGGCCGCCCCACCGCGCUCGGGAAACCGCGCUCCGCACAAACUCGCUCUUUUCUUUCGAAUCGAAGAAGCGGAAGCCUUAAACAUGCUGCAUUUCAUGGUUGCCUUGACCUCAGCGCUGUGCCUUUGGACGCCCGAGCUGAGCCGGUGGGCCGCCCGGAGCCCGGGAUGUCGUGGGGAUGCCGGAGGAUGCUCCGCGGUACCCGGCGCCGCGGUACCCGCUGCCGCUCGUCCAUCCCCCCCAGCCAGAGCCUCGGCAGCUCACACCGGACGUUCUGGGGUGUUCUGUGCGGCCAGGACAGAGCAGCGGGGCUGUUUGCCUUGGGUACCAGGCUUGCCUUGGGUACCAGGCUUGCCUUGGGUACCAGGCUUGCCUUGGGACGGGGAGUUAGGUUGACUGUUUUUAAUGAUGACGCUGAUUUCCUCGGGGGUCCCGCGGGUGCGGAGCUGCGGGGGGGGGGGGGGGUCCCAGCCCCCGCGUCCUCCCACCGAGGCCCCGUCUCCCUCCCGGCUUCCCCGAGCAGCUGCCGCUUUCCUCGCUGUUGGAUUCACCGUGGGGUGAAACCCCCCCCGGCAGCGGGAGAACCUGUCUUUAGAUACACCACCUCCAAUAAAGAGAUGAUUUAUUUUA